CGGCCGACAGGCGGCGCUGAUGAGCGUCUGGCCGCAGCGCAGCGCAUCCGCGGCUGCUCGGUUCUUCCACAUGUGCAGCAGCAGCGUGAGGCUAAAGAUCGAGUCUUGUUUUUAAUCUUUCUCUUCUUUUUCACUUGAAGUCCACAUUCAUGCAAACUGGAUUUCUGUCGUGGCUUCGUGUGUAACGCGUGAUGAAGAACCGCAGUGCUUAUACUAUAGACCCGAGACUCAAACACAGAGUCCAUCAGUACCUGAAGGCACACAGUGACCCGUAUGUGGACAUCUCUGCCAUGGCCUCGGAGCUUCAGCAGCAGUUCAGGAUCGAGUACGGCCGGAGGAACAGGACGGCGUUCAGGAUUCAAGUGGAGAAAGUGCAUGCGGUGAUCUGCAAUGAGUCUGGUGUCUCUGCUCUGGAAAACCAACAUUUGGCCAAAAGAGCGCGACGCAACCAAGAGGACGGGGACGACAGUCACGUCACCGAGUACGACAGCGAGGACGAUAUUCCCGAACAUGAACAUACAAAUCACAUGAACAGCUCGCUGACGUCCCUCUAUCAGAGAGCAGCGUGCAGCUCGAGCCUGCAGAAGAGCGGCUGGAUCAUCGAUAAGACCGACAGAGAGCAGGAGAACAUCUUCAUCGAUCUGUGUGAGGACGAGUCCUCCAGCACGGCGAAGCAGAGAGAUUCAUCAAAGCUGGAGAAGGAGAAGACGUCAAAGAGCGGAAAACUGAAGAGAGCGAAGAAGAACAAGCACGACGUGGAGGCAGAAAUCACUGCCGGAGUACAGGCUAAAAAGAGUAAGAACAAGGGCCAUGAGCUGCAGUUCUCAGCGGUGAAGUUCGAGGACUUCGGUGGCAGUGAGGAAUCUCUAGAGGAGGUCUGUAAGCUGCUGAUCCACACGAGGCAUCCGGAGGUGUACCAGCGGCUGGGAGUGGUUCCUCCGCGGGGGUUCCUGCUGCACGGCCCGCCGGGGUGUGGGAAGACCCUGCUGGCUCAGGCUGUGGCUGGAGAGGUGGGCCUGCCGAUGCUGAAGGUCUCGGCUCCGGAGCUGGUGUCAGGAGUCUCCGGAGAAUCAGAGCAGAAGCUGCGGGAACUGUUUGAGCAAGCCAUAAGCAGCGCUCCCUGUAUCCUGUUCAUCGAUGAGAUCGAUGCCAUCACGCCAAAAAGAGAGAUCGCUUCCAAAGACAUGGAGAGGAGGAUCGUCGCGCAGUUACUCACCUGCAUGGACGACCUCAAUUCGUUAUCAGAACCGGCUCAGGUCUUGGUAAUUGGAGCCACUAACCGUCCGGACUCGCUGGAUCCGGCCCUGCGUCGAGCCGGCAGGUUUGACCGCGAGAUCUGUCUGGGGAUUCCUGAUGAGGCCGCGCGACUGAAGAUUCUGAAGACGCUCUGUCGUAAAAUCACACUGCCGGAGGACUUCGACUACAGACAGUUGGCGCGUCUCACGCCGGGUUAUGUGGGCGCAGAUUUGAUGGCGCUGUGUCGGGAGGCAGCCAUGAGCGCCGUCAACAGAAUCCUGCUGCAGCCGAGCAGUGAAGACGUCACACCACCGAAAGCAGAUCUGGAGCAGCUGCUGUCGUUGUUGAAGAGGAAGGAGGUUCUGAGCGAGGAGCAGCUCUCUGGACUCUGUGUGCUCAUGUCAGACUUCAGGACCACGUUAGCCAGAGUCCAGCCGUCCGCGAAGCGCGAGGGGUUCGCCACUGUCCCAGACGUCACCUGGGAAGACGUGGGCGCGCUGCAGGACAUUCGUGAGGAGCUCAACAUGGCCAUCAUGGCUCCCAUCAAUAACCCUGAGCAUUUCCGAGCUCUGGGUCUGAGCACGCCUGCUGGAGUGCUGCUCGCUGGACCGCCCGGAUGCGGAAAGACCCUGUUAGCCAAAGCUGUUGCUAAUGAGUCAGGCUUAAACUUCAUCUCUGUCAAGGGUCCAGAGCUGCUCAAUAUGUAUGUGGGUGAGAGCGAGCGGGCCGUCAGACAGGUCUUCCAGAGGGGCAGGAACUCAGCGCCGUGCGUCAUCUUCUUCGAUGAGAUCGAUGCGCUUUGUCCUCGCCGCUCAGAGCAUGAGUCAGGAGCCAGCGCUCGUGUCGUAAACCAGCUGCUCACCGAGAUGGACGGCAUGGGGAACCGCCAGCAGGUUUUCAUGAUGGCCGCCACCAACAGGCCAGAUAUCAUUGACCCCGCUGUGCUCAGACCAGGACGACUGGACAAAACUCUGUAUGUGGGUUUACCGCCUCCCGCAGACAGACACGCCAUAUUGGUCACGAUUACUAAGAACGGCACCAAACCACUUCUAGAUUCAGAUGUCAAUCUUGAGGAAAUUGCCCAUGAUGCAUGUUGUGAGAGUUUUACAGGUGCAGAUCUGUCGGCGCUGGUGCGAGAGGCGUGUGUUAACGCUCUGCGAGUUCACCUGAGCUCACGACCAGCUCAAACACACACAGAGCCGGCGAAGGACAUCCGAGUGAGCCGAAUUCACUUCGAAGAUGCCUUCAAGAAGGUGCGACCGUCUGUGUCCAAGAAGGACCAGAUAAUGUAUGAAAAACUGAAAGAGACCCUCACAAGAUGACAACCGUUGAUCAGAAAUCUACAUUUGGAUUCCAUUUUUUUAUUACUAAGAAUAAAAAAAAAAAGAAGAAACUGAGUUUUCUCCUGAUCAUUGUUUUGUGCAUUUGUCUUCGUUCAGGGGAGAUUUCAGCAUUUUUUUUUUUUUACAUGAUUAAACGUUUCAUAAAGUUAUAUAUGCAAUAGUGUAUAUUAGAAACUGUUUCAGUGUUUUAACAAACCUUGCAUGACAAGUUACGUUUUUUUUUUGUACAUGUAGACUGAACUUUAGUUUUAUAGAUUUUUGCCUGUUGUGUUUCUGGAAAGGAACAGACCCUUAACAGAAAACACACGAGAUUGUAGUUCAGUGUUUUUCUUUCAGAAUGACAAUAUCAUUCAAAUGUAUCCCUGACUGAUCCAUCAUGAACUGAAGCACCAGCAAUCUUUGAGAGGUUUGAGAAAGAUGUUGUAUGUGUGUGUGUGUGUAUAUAUAUAUAUAUAUAUAUAUAUGCGCACUACUAGUCCAAGGAUUUGACACACUUAAACUUUUAUUUCUUAUAUUAAACUUAUAUAUGAUGAUUGAUCUAAAACCUGCUUGAAAUUGUUUUUUGCAUACAGAUAUAAAUUGUCUUAUUUCCCAAAUGAACAAGUUGUCAAUUGUCUAAACCUUUGAUCAGUAGAGUACUGCAAUUCCACUAUUCAGGGUUAAAAUAUAUACAUACAAAAUAUCAAAUAUUUCAGAUGGACGACAGUAACAAUCAUUAGACACUAGCUCAAAUUUAUUAAGGCUUUUCAGUUCGCGUGAUACAAAACAGAUGUUGACCACUCAAAACUGCAUUCAAUGUUAGCCAAGGUGUGUCAAUUCACUUGGUUAAUUGAUGAAAUAAAGAAGUAUAACAGAGGCUUGAACACACAGGCCUCUUCAUCAAACCACCAGAUUUGGGCGUCUAUUAAUGAGAUGAGUAGCAUUAAUCACUUUGAGUACUUAAAGACCCACUGCACCUCUCCAAAACCUGAAACAUGAGUCAGAUUAUCUGGACAUUAUCGGCCGAUGCCGACCUUUACAUUUAAAGCCUUUAUCAGCAGAUUCCGAUAAUGUUCUGAUGGUAUUGUGCAUCCCUACUUCCACGCAGGAGUAAAUGCAGAACAAAACAAUUCCUUAAAACUAAAAGCGUCUGAAUGUUCAGACCAUGUGCAACAGAGGAGCUCAAAUGUGUUGGUUCACAAUUAAAAUUCGACAGCACGCUUGCUAAAAA